AUGGUAACAGCAGCAGACCAGCCAGGAAAGACAGAGAGACGAUCUGAAGGCUGUGUGCUGGGUCACAAUGAGACGCGCACUUCUCAAAGGUACUACUGCAUCCCCCGCGCGGUGCCGCGACACCCGGCCGCAGUGUCCUGGCUGAGGGAGUUCCAGCGGCUCUUCGACUCCAUCCCCUGUGUGGAGGUGUGCGCUCUGAAGGAGCACCACGACCAGGUCCUGCACCUCAGCUUCUCGCACACCGGAUACCUCUUCGCCUCGUGCUCCAAGGACUGCACUGUCAAGAUCUGGAACAAUGACCUGGACAUCUCCCUGCUGCACAGCUCCAACAUGCGCGAGUUUAACUGGGGCUACACCCAGUUCUCCCAGUUCAACUCAGAUGACACCCUGCUGCUGGUGUCGGGCGUCUACGUCGGACGGCACCACUCCUCCUCGGGGGAGAUCGCAGUCAUCAGCCUCGAUGACUUCACCCUCCUGUCACGCGUCCGGAACAAGCCCUACGACGUGUUUGGCUGCUGGCUGAACGAGUCGCACCUGAUCUCGGGUAACCUGCACUGGAUCGGCAACAUCACCUCCUGCUCCGUGCUGUGGCUGAACAAGGCCUUCCAGGUGAGGGGGGAGGAAAGCCAGCCUGCGUUAACCGCUAGAGCCCAGCAGAGACCUGCAUGUAAUCCUGUUUCUGUUUAUCACUAGGGGCUACAGUGCUGUGGCGAACAAUACCUGUGUUUAAGCCAUGUGUUUGUAAGCUUGUCAAUAUUGGAAUCAGUAGAUGGAAACUCACUAACACGGCAACUGGAAUUCUGUACGCCCUCCACCCGUUUACAGACAUCAAAUUAGUACCCUUCCAGUGACCUCUCGCUCUCUGACUU